AUGCGCCAAAUUUUACUAACAAUUGAUCGAUUAAUCGAAUCGAUAUCGAACAUCCCUAAAGUAUAUAAAAUGAGUGAUGAAACAGAAACCCUCGAAGUGUCUCCUAGCAAUGGUAAACCUGUCAAACCUCUCGAUGAUCACACAUCUGCAAAAAGUGAUGACGGCGAAGAUGCAUUUUCGAAUAGUAAACCAAAAAAUGAAGAGCAUGCUUCAGUUGUGGCUGCACAUUAUAAUCACCUAGAAGAGAAGGGUCUAAAAGAAAGAUUCAACUCUCCUAUUUUUUAUCUAAGAAAUUUUAACAAUUGGGUAAAAAGUGUCCUUAUACAAGACUACACAGACAAAAUUCGAGAAAAAGACUACGGUAAACCAUUGAGGGUAUUGGAUAUAUGUUGUGGCAAAGGUGGUGAUCUUAGCAAAUGGCAGAAAGCCAGAGUGGAACGUGUAGUUUUUGCCGAUAUAGCACAAGUUUCAGUACAACAAUGUGAAACAAGAUAUGAAGAUCUCCGCCGUAGAUGUGGGCAUCUAUUUUCAGCAGAGUUUAUUGCAGCCGAUUGUACUAAAGAUACUCUAAGAGACAAAUAUGCAGAUCCAUCAAUUAAUUUUGAUAUUGUCAGUUGCCAAUUUGGUUUGCAUUAUAGUUUUGAAAGUCUAAGCCAGGCUAGGAGGAUGCUCACCAACAUAUCGGAAUGCCUAAAACCCGAUGGUUAUUUCUUUGGGACUAUUCCUGAUGCAUAUGAGAUUGUUUCUCGAGCUCAGAAAUCAGAGAAUUUUUCUUUUGGAAACAGAAUCUAUAAUAUAAAAUUACUGUUUGAUCCAAAAGAUGGUUAUCCACUUUUUGGUGCCAAAUAUGAUUUUCAUUUAGAAGGUGUAGUAGACUGUCCAGAGUUUCUUUUUAAUUUUGAUUUAUUUGUAAAAUUGGCUGCUCAGUAUGGCUUAGAACUAGUGUACAAAGCAAGAUUUUCAGACUUUUACAAAGACCAUUCAGAAAAAUAUAAACAACUUUUAAAUAGAAUAAUUUGCUUCGAAAGUUAUCCAGCACCACCUGGUAAAGAGCUAAUAGGAGAAGCAUCAGAAUAUGAACAUGCACAAAUUAUUUGGGAUCAAAUGGAAAAAAAGAAUGAGAGAGAUUGUUUGGGCACUAUGAGCAUGUGUGAAUGGGAAGUGGCCACUGUAUAUAUGGCUUUUGCUUUCAAGAAACAAAAACAUAUUUGGGACUCCAAGGGGAAACCAUCAUACAUUACUUCUGCAGAUAAGAAUCAAACCACCAGAGAUAGCAGUUCUUGA